AUGAAUCGCAAAAACAAUCCAGAACCAUCUCAACUUACAACUACUACCCGUCCCCGUCUGGAAAAUAAAAAUGGCCGGACGCCUUUGCCAGAGGCACCCAGUGUUCUUCGCAAGAGAGCUGCUAUGAACAAUGCAGCCAUCACCUCCAAGGAUGUCAUCCCCAGCCCUAUCACACCUAGUCUUGAUUCCGAACCAACUGCUAGUCCUAGCUCCGUUGUCUCAAGCCAAACGGUCAGCCACAGUUCACAACCCUCUAUCAAUUCCCAAACUUCAACUACUAAUUCAACAUCGGAAGAUGAGAGUACGAAGCCCUCUGGCUCAGAUGAUACAGAUACCUUCGUGUUUGCUGGCGUUAGGGGGCGUGUUAUCACUAUCAAGGGCGAGGAGCGCUUCUUCUGUAUCAAAUGCAAACGACACUACAGUUACUAUAGAAGAAGUGUUGCCACCCAUUACAACCAUGCUCACGACUCUUCCUCCAGCUUCUCGCGUCUACGAGCUCCCUUACCUGAACUGAUUCCUUGUUCGGAAGAUGGUUGCAGCUCAACCUUUAACACGAAGCAGGCUAUUAUCAAUCAUCAUCGCCAUGUUCACGGAUAUAAGGGGAAGUCGGGCCCCAUCCUAGCUCUUUACGGUUUCUGA